AUCCCAGCCGCCAGCAUCACCACCGCCCUCUCGUCAAAUCUCCCAACACAUAUACCACAGCAAUGUCAGCCCCGAAAGAAACAUUAAACCUCGACACCCUCGAGCCGCAACAGCUCGCCCAAGUAAAGAAGCAGCUCGAUGAGGAAAUCGAACACCUUACGCAGUCCUUUUCGCAGCUCCACGGUGCGCAAAAUAAGUUCAAAGAAUGCUUGCGCUGCGUAAAAGCUAGAUCCGACGCCUCACCCGAUGCCAAUUCCGUCCUUGUCCCUCUUACAAAUUCUCUCUACGUCCGCGGCGAACUUACAAGCAAAGACAGCGUACUGGUCGACGUCGGCACCGGCUUCAUGAUUGAAAAGAAAUUACCGGCCGCUACUCAAUUCUACGAAGACAAAGUCAAGGAGCUUAGCAACAGCUUAAAGGAGCUCGAAGCCAUUGUUUCUCAAAAGCAAAUGAAUUUGAGAACGAUCGAGGAGGUUUUACGACACAAGAUGAUGCAGGCGCAGGCACAAGCGCAGGCACAGCAGGGGGAACAAGCGGAAGAAUAAUGCAUAACUUCAAUACCAAAAGCUAUUUUGUUUAUACUGCUGCGUCUAACUGGCACUGUUCUCUGUACACUGAUUAACAAAGCAAGACAGUUUCUUCUGUACACGAACCACGCAGCCCACAAACUCAAACAAUCGACUAUGUAGGGUCCCAGAUCCAGGCCAAACCUCCUUCAGGUCGUUAUCAAACUUUCGGCAGCUCUGACCAGGAGGGAUAUGAUUCAGCGCCUCCUCCCAGUGACCAGCAUAGACUCUAACGUUCAUCCAAAUUCCUUUUGGAGGUUGAGAUAGCAACACUCCGUUCCAAAUGCGAGUAAGCUGUAUCUCCAGCAUAAACCGAGUCCCUGCAAUUGGAAUCACACAACUCGUUAUCAUCUCAACUUCAUUCACAGUCUUGAGAGUCUGUAGAGCAGGCUUGGAGAUAGCAAUGCAAACUGGAAGGCAGCCAAAAAUGGUGUGUGGUCCACCAUCAUGAUCUGAUGUCCACUGCAAGCUGCGCAAAAGCGACUCAACUUCUCGAGGUCCGGGGUCGUGGCUUCGCUGGGAGGACAGCUGCAGCGCCCAGUCAAUAGAUCUGUGAAUCAUCAGUGCCUGUCUCACACUCACCUUUCAAAUACCUACAACUCUGGAGCAACAAAUUUCCAAUCGAAGUGACAGGUCUCAUCGACAGACACCCAUCGCCCGGUGGAAAAACAGAGAGCGCCAUCUGCAACAGUAUAUGCAGAGGCGGUCAACGAUACAUCGUGGAGUCGGUAUGAUACUUGAUGAGACCAAGUAACAGCAUCUAGGUUAUCGCAAAUAGUAGUAGCUGGGUCGGUGACGAAUCUAACCAACGCAGAUGGCGUACAAAUUUCCUCGUCACUAAAUAUGUCAGUAUCCUGCUCCCGAAUAGAAAUGCAUAAUCUUACAUUGGCGA